CCAGGGUAACUGAGCUCGCGCGAGAGUCACGUGAGUGUCACAACGCUGUCAUGUGACCCUUUGGUUUCACGUGACCGGGGCAGCGAGUGAGGGGACGGGAAGAGCCGAGGUAUUGGGCAGCGCUGGGGGAGGAGGAACCGGAGGGCUCAACGCACCGGAAAUCCCGGGUGACUAUGAUAACAAUGUCUGAUGGAAUGAUGAGCAAAGCUGCCACUAUGGAAAUUGCCAUCAGCAGGAAUGGGGUGUCUGGGGCCCUGGACGAGAGUCUGGAGCAGGAUCUGCAGCAGGUUAUGGUUUCUGGUCCCAAUCUCAAUGAGACGAGUAUCGUAUCGGGGGGUUAUGGUGGCACAACAGAGGGGAUCAUUCCCACGGGUGCAAUGAAAGGACCGGCGGUGCAGUUUAACCCCAACUACAUUGGAGUGCGGCCCCCACAUGCACAGACACAAGGGGCCAUGUCUCAGCAGUGCUCCUCACACUCGGCUCUCACCGCCGAGGAACUCAACAGAGGUUUAGCUGUGGAGAAGUUUGAUCUUGUGAAGAAGUGGGGAAUAAACACUUAUAAAUGCACCAAGCAGAUGAUCUCUGAGCGCUUUGGCCGGGGCACUCGCACUGUCGACCUGGAGCUGGAAACUCAGAUAGAGCUUCUGAGGGACACCAAGCGCAAGUACGAGGGGGUCCUACACCUGGCCCGGGCCCUCACUGCUCACUUCUACAGCCUGGUGCAGACUCAGAGGGCCCUCGGUGAUGCCUUCUCUGACUUGAGCCAGAAGUCCCCUGAACUGCAGGAGGAGUUUGGGUACAACGCAGAGACCCAGAAACUGCUGUGUAAGAACGGGGAGACGCUCCUCGGGGCGGUCAAUUUCUUUGUGUCCAGUAUCAACACUCUCGUUAAUAAAACCAUGGAGGACACGUUGAUGACUGUCAAACUGUAUGAGACUGCAAGACUGGAGUUUGAUGCUUAUCGGGCCGACCUGGAGGAGCUGAGUUUGGGGCCGCGGGAUUCAGCCACAUUGUGUCGUAUGGAGGUCGCACAACAGAACUUCCAGUCGCACCGCGUGAAAUACGAGAAGCUGAGGGGGGACGUCACUAUCAAACUGCGCUUCCUGCAGGAGAACAAGGUGAAAGUGAUGCGCAAGCAGCUCCUGCUCUUCCAUAAUGCCAUCUCCUCGUACUUCGCUGGCAAUCAGCAGCAACUGGAGGCCUCCCUGCAGCACUUCAACAUCAAGCUCAGCAGUCUGGCCACUGACAAGCCCUCCUGGCUGGAGGAACAGUGACCGGGACAGCAGGAGGGGCGCUUAUUUAUACAGCUGUGUGUGUCUGUACAUGUGUGUGUGUGUGUGUGACACUCCCUAUAUAUGUCUGGCCAUGUCUGUGACACACAUCUGCACCUGAGUGUGAGUGCAUGUAUCUGGGGUACACUCAAUGAUUUCUUAGUCUCUGUACAUAUGCCUGGGCAUGUGAGUGGGACCAAGUGAGUGUGUCUGUGUGUUUUCAGUAUGUGAGUGACACUCCAUCUGAUUGUGAGUAUGACUGUGUGUGUGAAUAAGACUUAAUGCUUGUCUCUGAGCAUGUGAGUGACACUCUGUAUGUGUGUGUGUGUGUUAUGUGUGAGACUACAACACUCCAUAUGUCUCCAUAGUUUAUCUGUGUGAGUGACACUUGGUAUGUUAGUCUGGCUGUGUGUGUGACAUUCAGUAUGUAAGUGUGGGUGUGUGAGUGACACUCAGUAUGUAAGUGUGGGUGUGUGAGUGAGACUCGGUAUGUAAGUGUGGGUGUGUGAGUGAGACUCAGUAUGUAAGUGUGGGUGUGUGAGUGAGACUCAGUAUGUAAGUGUGGGUGUGUGAGUGAGACUCAGUAUGUAAGUGUGGGUGUGUGAGUGGGACUCAGUAUGUAAGUGUGGGUGUGUGAGUGAGACUCAGUAUGUAAGUGUGGGUGUGUGAGUGGGACUCAGUAUGUAAGUGUGGGUGUGUGAGUGAGACUCAGUAUGUAAGUGUGGGUGUGUGAGUGACACUCAGUAUGUAAGUGUGGGUGUGUGAGUGAGACUCAGUAUGUAAGUGUGGGUGUGUGAGUGAGACUCAGUAUGUAAGUGUGGGUGUGUGAGUGGGACUCAGUAUGUAAGUGUGGGUGUGUGAGUGGGACUCAGUAUGUAAGUGUGGGUGUGUGAGUGACACUCAGUAUGUAAGUGUGGGUGUGUGAGUGAGACUCAGUAUGUAAGUGUGGGUGUGUGAGUGGGACUCAGUAUGUAAGUAUGGGUGUGUGAGUGAGACUCAGUACAUUGGGUAGGGGUGUCAGGCUAAUUACUGGGGGUGUAAGGAUGAAUACACACACACAUUACUACACUACUAGUGAGAAUUGGCUCUACUAAGACACUACAUCCCUUAUGUAAUAAAAGGCACUACAUUUAUGCAGGUGCUGUAGCCCAUAGCAACCAAUAGUGUGUGUUUUUAAGCAGGUGACCUGUAAAUGCUGCCUGCUGAUUGGUUGCUAUGGGUGACUACUCCAG